AUGUCGACGCCGGAUGAAACUGCAAACAAAAUGGCGCAACUCAAGCGAAAACGGAAAACUAUUCGCGGUAAUAUUACUCGUUUUUCUGUUGAAAUAAGUAACUUAAAAGAUGAUUUUUCAAUUGAAGAUGUGGAAUAUAUUUGUAAUCGUUUAACUACUACCUUAAAUGAAAUGAAAAUAACGGAUAAUGAAAUACACAAUUUACUUUCUGAUGAAGAAUACGAAAAUGAUAUUUCACAAUGUGAAAGCUAUAACGAUAAUGCUGAAUUCGCGAUUUUUAAAGCCAAAAAAAUAAUUCAAAAUAAAUUAGCGCCAACUACAAAUAACUUUACUGAUUUGGCUAUUAAUGACAAUAAUUUGGCGAUGAAUUUAAACCCUUGUAUUACAACGCCUGCUAUUCAAUCGUAUACUGUAAAACUGCCUACAAUUAAACUAGAACCGUUUAACGGCGAUAUAGAACUUUGGCAAAGUUUUUGGGAACAAUUUCAGUCUUCCGUAGAUAAUAAUCCAAAUCUUUCGGUAAUUGAUAAACAUGUUUUUUUAAGAGGAUAUUUACAAGAUGAACCAAAACGAUUGGUAGAUGGCAUAAGCAUUAUUGCCGAUACAUAUGAAGCUACUAAAAAACUGCUUAUGGACAAAUAUGGCGAUAAAAACAGAAUCAUUCAAGCUCAUUUGGACUUUUUAGAAAAUUUGACGCCAAUACGAAAUCCAUCACCGACUUCACUAAACGAAGUUUUUAUUGAGUGUAAUAGAAGAUUACAAGCUCUACGUGCCUUGGGAGAGGAUGUUAAUUCUUAUGGCCGAAUUUUAACUCCUAAAAUUUUACGAGCAUUUCCGGAUGACAUUUGCCGCCGUUGGAUUAUUUUUGCGAAACGACAGAAAAUUUCGGAAGGUGACAUAACAAAAUUAAUACAAUUUCUCUCGGAAGAAGUAGAAGGUGCACUUACUACUCUGAAAAUUAGAGGUGAGCAGUCUGUUCAAUAUGAUUUUAAACCUUCCACUGCUAACUUAUAUGUUAAUUCCAAGAACACUACGCCAAUUAAAAAACGUUCUCCAUUUUGUGCUUUCUGUGAUACUAAUGGACACUGGCCGCAAGACUGUAACAUUGUAACUGAUAUAGAUAUUUGUAAACAAAAGUUAAAAAAUAGUAAUCGUUGUUUUUUAUGCACUAACCGUGGCCAUAACGUAAAUAAUUGCCCUCGGAAAGACAAAGCCCGUUGCUAUAAAUGCAAAAAAAGACAUCAUGUUUCCAUCUGUAAAACUGUAACUGAGAAUCCAAAUUUAACUACCAUUCCAGUUACGUCUACUAAUAACGUUGAUAUUAUAACUCCCAAAUUUACUCAUCUGCAAACUGCUCGAGUAUAUGUAAUUGGCCCAACUGGUAAAACAAAAGUAACGCGGUGUCUCUUAGACGGUGGGAGUCAGUCUAGCUUCAUUCAUCCUAGUUUGAUUGACUUCCUGCAACUGGAAAUCACUAGCUCAGAAAAAUUGAACCUUCAAGCAUUCGAAUCUAUUUCAACAAACACUGAAACGAGACGGAGGGUCAAAUUUAUCUUGUCAAGCAUUUGGAGCAACUCAAAAAUAAAUAUACAAGCAUUUGAAAGUUCGAAUACUUAUGCCUUUCAUCCAUCUACUCCACAACCUGUCUCUUCUUUUGCUCAUAGUCAAAAGUUGAAACUUGCUGAUCCAUCAGACAGCUUAAACGACUUACCUAUAGAAAUUCUGAUAGGUGCUGAUUUUUAUUGGACUAUAGUGCAUACUAAAUCUCCUAUCAGACUUUCGGCGACUCAUGUGUUAAUACCUACAGUAUUUGGAUGGAUUCUUUCCGGCAACCGUUCGUUCACUACUAUAGCAUAUUCUUCUGUUUCUUCAGUUCUCAACAUUAGCUCAGAAACUUUGGUACGUGAUCUGGACGAUCACGUGAGACGAUUUUGGGACUUGGAAACAAUUGGCAUUAAAACUAUGCAGGAUAAAGGGAUAACUAUUCGUAAUUCUGAAAUUUUAAGUGAUUUUCACAAUUCAUUUUGCAAAGUUGAUGGCCGCCGUGUUGUAAAGUUACCAUGGAAACCAGAGGUGAUUCUUUCAUCGAAUAAUUACGAAAUAGCACUCAAACGAUUUCAAAUACUCCGUAACAAACUCUUUACUCAUUCAGACUUAAGAGAUAUUUAUACAGAACAGAUGCAAAAUUAUAUCGAUAACCAACAUGUUGAACUUGCUGAUAAUAGUCCUUGCAACCAAUUAAAACUUUUUUACUUGCCUCAUCAUAUAGUGAAAAAACAAAAGAAUGACGAAAAGAAAUGGCGAAUUGUAUUUGACGCUUCUUCUCAUACACCAGGACAUCCUUCCUUAAAUGAUGCUCUUGAGCAGGGUCCUAAUUUGCUUCCAGAAAUAUUUGCAACAUUGUUACGAUUUCGACUUCACAAAUUCGCAAUCACAAGCGACGGACGUCAAGCAUUCUUGCAACUUAUUUUGGAUGAAGAGGAUAGAAACUGUACUAGGUUCCUGUGGUUUAGGACGGAAAAGGAUGCAAACGGAAAAAUACAUUUGCGAAAUGAAAUACUUACUUAUCGUUUUUCACGUUUACCUUUUGGAUUGACUUCUAGUCCUUUUUUGCUUUCUGCCACUCUUCGUGAAUUAGCUAAUAUGCACUCUGAUCCCUACCCUAUUGCAGCUAAACACCUGGAGAAUAAUAUUUUCAUGGACGACUUUGUUAUGGGAGUGGAUACUGCUGAACAAGCAACAACUCUUUACCAAGAAAUGCAAGAUUUAAUGACACAGAUAAGUUUACCUUUGGCUAAAUGGAGUGCAAACUCCAAGAACCUACAGGCUAUUUGGGAACUAAAGGAUAUCAUCUUCAAAUGCAAUACGCAAGUAUUGGGAAUUAACUGGAAUACCAAAGAAGACGUGUUUCAUACAGAUAUAAACGAAAGUGUUUAUCAGUUUGCUGUUCCUGCAACAAAACGUUUACUUCUUAAAAUUGUAUCAAAGUUGUAUGAUCCUUUAGGCCUCUAUGCACCAGCAAUAGUAGUUGGAAAAAUUCUUUUUCAAACCACGUGGCUCAUGGGAGUUCAAUGGGACGAAAUUCUUCCUCCAGGCAUUGCCGCAAGCUUUAACAGAUGGGUAUCUGAAAUAUCAUCCUUAAACAAGAUACACAUUCCUCGCUGGAUUGGAAUUUCUGCUACUUCUCACAUGACUAUCCAUGUCUUUUGCGAUGCUUCGGAAAAGGCCUAUGGAGCCGCAAUAUACAUUUGUUUCACUGAGCGUAACGAAAGAAAGGUUCGCCUAGUUUGCAGUCGCAAUAGACUUUCUCCACUUAAAAAGGUGACACUUCCACGGUUAGAACUUUUGGCAGCCUUACUAGGAGCUCGUUUACUUCACUAUUUUUGCAAAGAAACUGGUUUAGAAAAUCAAACAUCAACACUUUGGAGUGAUUCAACUGUUGUAUUAAGUUGGAUAAGAAAUGAUCCUAAUCGAUGGAAAACAUUCGUAUGUAACCGAGUCACUGAAAUUCUUCAAUACACUUUUCCAGCGCAGUGGCGACAUUGCCCAGGCACACAGAACCCAGCAGAUCAUCUCUCCCGUGGUGUAUUCCCAGCAGAAUUACCAUAUCUAGAAACUUGGUGGAACGGCCCAAGUUGGUUAGCACAAAUUUCAGGCGCCUGGCCAGUCCAAAACAUUUUGACAAAUGAAGAAAAAUUAUUAAUGGAUAUAGAAGCUCGUCAAGUAAAGAACCAAACAUUGUGUACAUCGACUAUCCAAACUUUAAUCGAUAUAUCUCGCUUCAGUUCAUACACAAAACUCUUGAGAAUUACAGCUUGGAUUUAUCGUUUUCUGAACAACUGUAAAGGUCGACAACAUUUUACUUCAGAAUUGACGGCUGAUGAGCUGAAUAAGGCAAGAAACUAUUGGAUUUCAGUUGUACAGAAACAGAGUUUUUCUGUAGAAAUCAACGCACUAGAGUAUAAUCGUUCCUUACCUAAAUCCUCAAAAAUUUCUCGGUUUCGCCCAUUUCUAAAAGAUAACAUUUUACGACUUGGUGGUAGGCUACAAUUCGCACAAAUAUCAGUUGAACAAAGACACCCAAUACUACUGGAGGGAUCUCAUUAUUUUGUGCACUUGUUGAUUAGACACACGCACAUUCGUCUACAUCAUUUGGGUGUUCGUGUAGUCCUUUCAGAAUUACGCUCCGAGUUUUGGAUACUCCGUGGUCGUCAAGCCAUCAAGCGAGUGAUUAAAACCUGUUUACCGUGCAAACUGUCUCAUGCUUUAAGUUCUAAUGAAAUAGAAGCCCCUCUUCCAGCUGACCGACUUACUCCUUGUAUGCCUUUCGAUACUACUGGAAUAGACUUUGCAGGUCCAGUUUAUAUUAAGACCUUUAAACCUUCAAAUACAGCUUACAUUACGCUAUUUACAUGUUCUACUACUAGAGCCUUGCAUAUCGAACUUGUUUCUGACCUUUCUGUAGACAAGUUUCUUUUGGCCUUGCAACGAUUUGUCAGUAGAAGAGGACUUCCACAUACUAUAUAUAGUGACAACGCCACUACCUUCCAUGCCACAAACAAAGAACUCAUUUUCCUAUGGAAUACAUUGACUUCAACGAAAGUGCAGCAAUUCUAUGCUCACAAUGGUAUAAAGUGGAAGUUUAUUGCACCACGAGCAGCUUGGUGGGGAGGAUGGUGGGAGCGACUAAUAUGUCUAACCAAACGAUGCCUUCGAAAAUCCCUUGGUCGCUCAUUACUAGAUGAGGAAGCCUUAACUACGGUAUUAGUGGGAAUAGAAGCCUCACUCAACAGUAGACCCUUGAUUUAUGAGCGUGGUGAAAAUGAUACAGAGGAAGCUUUGACCCCAGCUCAUUUCCUAACUGGUCGAAAGUUGACCAUUGUUCCAUCCGGACCUGAGUCAAGAAAUGAUAAGCUCACAAAUAUUUACCGGCAACAGCAAGACUUACUGGAUACAUUUUGGAAAAGAUGGUCCAAAGAAUAUCUUUUGGAGUUACGCACAUUUCAUCAAGUACGAAAUGUAAAGGAAACACCACGAGUACGAGUAGGAGACUUGGUCUUAUUACAAGAAGAUCUGCGACCACGACAAAUGUGGAAGAAAGCUCUCGUGGUGAAAUUAAUCGAUGGCCGGGACGGAAGAAUUCGAACCUGCAUCCUUCGUGUCAAUGGGAAAGAGAUUACCCGUCCAAUUCAACUGGUCAUACCUCUGGAGGUUGACCAGGGUGGGGAGGAUGUUGCGUACCGAAAGUUCAAAAACAACGAGUAUGACAUUCAACAAGCAGAGCACUCUAGCCGGCCUUCUGAUGUUGAUGAGGCCUACCAGCAAGGACUUGUGGAAGAUCAGUAUUCAACCACCCGAGAGCUAGCUAAGGAGUUAAGCGACAACAUUCUGUACGAGAUCCUCACUUGUGAAGAAAAGUGCAUUUACUUCAACAACACAAAUCGAAGAUGGGGUCGGUUUGGUGACCCCGUCGACAGCAUAGCAAAGUGCAAUUGGACUAAUAAAAAGAUCAUGCUUCAUAUUUCGUGGGAUAGCCACAACGAGUAUCUGAAAAAGGGUAACAUCAUCGAUAGUAAGUUGUGCAGCCAUAUGCUAGUCCUUUUCGGAACUGCUAUCAAGCUGGAGAUGACUCCAAACAUGUAA